AGUUUUCGGAAGAACAUUACGGGUAUAUAAACUGCGUGCAAAGGGAGGCGUUGUAAGUUUUACUUUAUGACUUUCUUCAACAACCACAACAUGACUCGCUUGCUUUUCCUCGGAUUUUUAAGCUGGCACUUAUUGGCUGACUGCAAAGCAAUAAUCAGGAUUCCUCUGCACAAGACUCCGACCGUGCGGCAAAUGUUGGCAGACAAUGGAAGGACUUUUGAAGACAUCAAAUCAAUGACCAAGUUAUUUGAAAAAACUUCCAAUAAUAUGCCUUCAACUACAGCAGUGCCAACACCUGUGGAAAAACUCACCAACUUCAUGGAUGCCCAAUAUUUUGGAGUGAUCAGUAUUGGGACGCCUCCUCAGGAAUUCACCGUACUCUUUGACACGGGAUCAUCCAACCUCUGGGUUCCAUCUGUUCAUUGCUCCAUUCUGGACAUAGCGUGCUGGACGCACCAUCGCUACAAUUCGAAAAAGUCAAGCACGUUCGUUCAGAACGGAACAGAAUUUUCAAUCCGGUAUGGCAGAGGCAGUUUGUCUGGCUUCAUCAGUCAGGAUACCGGUCACUGUGAUUGUCGUCUGUAGUUGGCAGGGUUGAAGGUGCCAAAGCAGCAGUUUGGUGAGGCGGUCAAGCAGCCUGGCAUCGUGUUCGCUGUGGCACGCUUCGAUGGCAUCCUGGGCAUGGGAUAUCCUGCCAUUUCUGUGGACGGCAUCACACCGGUGUUUGACACAGCCAUGGCUGCCAAAAUCCUGCCUCAGAAUGUCUUCUCUUUUUACAUCAACAGAGACCCUGCGGGUGAGGUCGGAGGUGAGCUGAUGCUGGGGGGUUUUGACCAGCAGUAUUUUGACGGCGAUCUGCAUUACGUCAACGUCACGAGGAAAGCCUACUGGCAGAUCAAGAUGGAUGAAGUUCAAGUGGGCAGUACCCUCACGCUGUGCAAAAGCGGUUGCCAAGCUAUUGUCGACACAGGAACGUCUAUGAUUACAGGACCGGUUCAAGAGGUACGAGUGCUGCAGAAAGCCAUCGGAGCUUUGCCACUGCUUAUGGGAGAGUACUGGAUUGACUGUAAGAGGAUUCCAUCACUUCCUGCUAUAUCCUUCAGUAUGGGUGGGAAGAUGUUCAACCUUACUGGUGAAGACUAUGUUUUUAAGGUGACUCGUACGGGAGUUAGUAUCUGCCUGUCUGGUUUCAUGGCUAUGGAUAUCCCGCCCCCUGCUGGGCCCCUGUGGAUUCUGGGAGAUGUUUUCAUCGGCCGAUAUUACACUGUGUUUGAUAGGGAAGCUGAUCGUGUGGGGUUCGCUACUGCCAAGUGACGACUGAGUAAAUCACGCUGUUGUAUAUCUGGAUGGCCAGGUGUUAAGAGUUGAGUGAAAACUCUUAUUAUAUUCAGUCUUAUUUGAAUUAUGCCCUUUAAGUGAUGUAAGAAAUAAACAGAAGCAGUAAUGCUUUACUGUAAGGGUCUACAAUGUGUUAAAUGAGUUCAUGCGAUAGCUAAUUUGAAAUGACAAUGAACAAUGUUUACAUUUAUUGUUAUUGCCAUUUCUAACACAUUCAAGUUGAAUUAAUGUAAAAACGUUUGUUAGUAAUACAUGAAAAGUAUUCAUUUCGGAUGAUUCUGGGUUAAUGUUGUUGUUCAUUGUUACUUCAUAAGAUCUAAUGAAUCAUCUAUUCAAUCCCACUGUAAAGAGUUAUAACAGUGCUCGAAGUAAAUAAUUUACCAAAGAACUAAAUUUGAAGUUUCUACUGUAUGUGCUUCUGCUUUUUUGUUGAAGCUUUACAGUUUGUUUUAUUUUGCACUCAAGUUCAAAAGAUUAAAAGUGAAGAGUUAAAAAAAC